AGCUUUUUAUUAUUAAAAAGAUAUGUACAAGAAAUAAAUUUGAUUUUAAUUUGAUUUAACUUUUAAAAUUGAUUAAGCUAGGUGUGUUUCACCAGUUAAUGUAACAUUGCAAGAAGUAGUAGUAACGGUACCGUUGCUAUGGUUACCUGUAACCGUUUUAGAACGCUGUUUAAAACCGUUCACCCGGGUUAUAUGUUUUAACUGUCCUCGUCUAUUUUAACGUCAUCUGGACGGUAACGUUAAAGAGUUGGGAACUUGGGACGCUUACCUGGUCUGGCAGAGGAGACUUGUGCUACAAAAGCUGCGAGCAGUAGGAGCAGUCCAGAAGGCCUACGCCGCGGGAGAAUCCAGUACAGAGAGAAGGACCUCUUUUCCCCAAGAUAAUCACAGAAGAGGAGUGUAUACCUGGAUGUUCUUUUUCUGGUUGGAUGCAGACUGAAGCCAAGCUGAAGAGUGAAAAAAUAACGAAGGCAAUGAUGAUGAAGUCGUACCAUUCACGUGUGCACAUUCCUCACUGAGCAUCCCAGUAAGUGUGAAGAGGGCGAAAACCAGGAGAGAGAACACGAUUGUCCACACCUCCAGCUCAGUCAGCAGAGAUGCCAUCUACACCCGCUGCCACAGCUGUGUGUAGCCAGUAAACGCCUCAUCUGUUAAAAUCAUCACAUUUCUUUACAAAAGCAGGAGGGUAGUGGAGGAGGAAGCGGAGGUGGUGAGCACUGUUGAGUAGUUUCUUAGUCGCCAUGACGACCUCACACCCCACCAUCUUCAGAGCUGUCCUCCUGUUGCCACGGUGACCUGAUCCCGUUCCAUCACCGCUCCUCUCGAUGAUCUGGAUUGGUGCGCCGUCUCCUUUACCUGAAAACAGCUUGCGGAUGGGAGAGCAGAUCACACAAAGGGACGCGGAUCUUAGGACAAGAAGGCGCGGCAUCCUGGGAAUGCUGUAGGAGUAAUAUCAGAGCGUUGCCUUGAAACAGCAGCAUGCCAGUACAGCAGAUAACUGUGGUUCCGGCCAGGGGGACGGCCAGUAACGGCAAGAACGCUCCUCGCUCCAAAGACAAGACCGAGGGGAGGAAGGCUCCCGGGCGCUCAGGGAGUCGAUCUAGCAACAUCUCCAAGGCCAGCAAUUCUACAACAGGACUCACCACAGCUUCAAGAACAUCAAUCACCCCGUCUGCUCAGGACAUAUGCAGCCCUGGCCAGCUGACCCGCUUAGAGGAGGAUACUUCUGAAUCCCACAAACACAGCAAGCACACACACGUUGCUGUGAUGACCGUCACCAGCACAACUCUGGGCUCGUCAGCUCAGGCCCAGAAGAAGCAGGUGAAGCGUCGUCACCGCCGCAAGAGGAACAGCUGCGCCACCCUCGACUGCGUGGAAACCAACAGCAAACAGGAGCAGACUGACCGCAGCCUCAGCUCUGACCGCAGUGAGAAGGGGGAGAAGAGGGAGCGGCCUUCCAAGAACCGGAGAGAGCUUCCCCCUCGCCUCCGCUGCUCAGGAGCCAUCGAGUCAGACUCCACCUCAGACGAUGAGGCGUGGCGCGAAGCCCGCAGCUGGAGCAAAGAGAAAGCUCGAAGAGUGCGGCGCCGCAGUGGAAGCAGCCGAGAGAGGGAUGGAGCGAACAAAGCAGAGGUCAUGGAGCUGCAGUCGGUGGGCUCAAAUGAAGGGAAGGAGAACCAGGCUCUGGUGGAGGACAGCGGAGGCCUUAAAAAGCGGCACAGCAGCAGGUCCUCGAUGAAGAGAGACGGCCACAUUUCACAAAGGGAAGGCUCACAUGGCAGAGAUAAGAAAUGCAAGUCACGCAACGCAGGAAAUAGCUCCUCAUUGGCAGAGGACGGCGAGGAGCUCAUCACCAAGAGAUACCAGGAAAAGGGGUCAGGGGGUGGGGACAUGUCAGUGCCAACACCACAAAAACACUGCCGUGUGAAUGGAGGCACAGCGCAGCCCUGCUCUGAUGACUCUGAGCUGGAGGUCUGCAGGAUCUGCCACUGUGAGGGGGAUGACGAGUGCCCGUUGAUAAUGCCUUGUCGCUGCACGGGGAGCCUGAGUUUCGUCCACCAGGCAUGUCUCAACCAGUGGAUCAAAUCUUCAGACACUCGCUGCUGUGAACUCUGCAAGUUUGACUUCAUUAUGGAGACGACACUCAAACCUUUACGCAAGUGGGAGAAGCUACACAUGUCCAAGAGUGAGAGGAGGAAGAUUUCCUGUUCAGUGUUGUUUCAUCUGAUAGCAAUAGUUUGUAUGUUGUGGUCAGUCUACGUUCUGGUGAAGAGAACCGCGGAAGAGAUCAGACUUGGGAAGAACGAGGAAUUAUGGAGAGUUUCUCUUCUGAAGUACUAUUCGCAAGACGAAGUGCUGGAGUGGCCCUUCUGGACCAAGCUGAUUGUGGUGGCCAUAGGCUUCAUAGGCGGUCUCAUCUUCAUGUACAUCCAGUGUAAAGUCUACCUGCAGCUGUGGCGCCGCCUAAAGGCCUUUAACCGCAUCAUCACUGUGCAGAACUGCCCAGAGAAAGGCGUGCACAACUCUCAGUCCUGGCCCAGCCCCCUGACCAACGGCAGGCAAGGAACAGUGGAUGUCCCAGUCAGCCCGGCCCCCGUCCCGGCUCCAGGGGCACAGAUGGAUUCAGACGUGUCAGUCGAGGCCGCGGUGGCCCCGGCACAAAACCCCAACUGAAAAAUUCUAAUCCUGCUCAGAAAGAGUCCUGAAUCACACCCUGCUCAUCAAUCGCCACAAGCUGGUGUAGCAUGGUGGGAUCUAGACUCGUACAGUGUUUUAGUGUUGUUCAUCUCAGCUCCUGUGAUUACUAAUCUUGAGUCAUAAUGGACAGACUUAAAGUCCUUCAGUGAUCAACGACAAAUGAACUGCAAUGACGCAAAUGUGCAAAGUAAAGACUAAUGUGGCAAGUCAGAAAUAGAGAAGAGGAGGUGAGGUGAAGUAAAGGAAAACAAAGCCAUCGGGAGCAGAAGUUUGUAAAGACAGCAGUUGUGUUGUAAAUUGACAGUUUUAUUCCUGUAUGCACUUUCUCAAACUGCACUGACACAAGUUAAGGGUGUGAACACCCCGUGGAUGCUAUUAAAGUUCUCAGUAUGCUUCAAACAAA